UGCCACGCACUGUUGGCUCUCUCCAGCUCGCGCGCCGCCUGUUGCUCUCUGGUCCUGGCCGCCGGUUUCCCGCUGGGGAGGUAGGCGGACCAAGAACCGCAGCGCGUGGGCGACCUCCCGCCUUCCUCUCUUACUGGAGCAAGGGUGAUCCGGACCCCCCCCCCCGCCCGCCGGGCGUCCCCGACAGAGCGGACGCCGCCAGCUCCCGGGCACGUCCUAGCCUGCGUACUCAGACCCCACAGGCACCACGCCGGCAUGAACGUGAGCUUCCUGAACCACAGCGGCCUGGAAGAGGUGGGUGGUGACGCCCGAGCCACCCUGGGAAACCGCAGCCACGGGCUGGGCACGUGGCUAGACUGCUGCCCCGGAGGCGCACCACUGACCGCCAGCGACGGGAUCCCCGCAGGACUGGCGCCGGACGAACGCAGCCUGUGGGUGUCGCGCGUGGCGCAGAUCGCCGUGCUUUGCGUGCUGUCGCUCACCGUGGUCUUCGGCGUUUUCUUCCUGGGCUGUAACCUGCUCAUCAAGUCCGAGAGCAUGAUCAACUUUCUGAUGCAGGAGCGCAGGCCCUCCAAGGACGUGGGCGCCGCCAUCCUGGGACUAUACUGAGCGCCGGCCGCCUUCGCCAGCGUCGGAGCACCGCAAGGAAGAGACUACGGAGCCUCUUUCUCAAGGCUUUAGCCGCUGCCUGCGAUCAACGAAGUACCUCGCAUCACCCGGGUCUGGACACCAUAGGACUCAGCGGCGGCGGUGCGCGAAGGGAUUGUCAUGCCAGACUCUGUCCUGUGUGCGCUCCAGCAGGAGCCGGGGAGGGUUCUUCACGGUUUUUUUUUUUUUUUUUUUUUUUUUUUUUUUUUUACAAAGAGAAGUUCAGGGCAGAGUGGGAGACAGGAAUGUGGAGAUGCAAUGCGGGGCUGAGGUUACUAUAGCGGGAAUGUCGGACGUGUUGGUGGGGGCCAGUUCCAAGGAGGGCUCAGGGAAGAAGUGCAUCACUGAGAUUUUGCAUCUGAUCUCGCAUUGCAUCUGAGAAGAAAUUUUGUAAUAAAACCAUAGCCGUCGGGCUUCCUGAUGAUA